AUGAAGACCUCUCCUUCUUUCCUCCUUUCAAUCGUCGCCCUCGCCGGGUACACUUCCGCAGCUGCAUUACCCAGCGAUGACAGCAAGGUUAUUCUUCGUCCCAUCCACCGACCUGAUGGACUCGAAUCCAGCCGUCUCAACAGUCUGGAGGCCCGACAGACGGACGGCCAGACUGACACUCCAGUUGUCUUAAAGCCCAUCUCUCGCCCCCAGGCUCUCAAGUCCAGUCUUGCCUCCGGCCUCGAGGUCAGACAAGAUACUCUGACGCCGGCCAAGGCGAUCUUCCUCGGGUAUGGUGCCGACGACAUGACGGCCUACGUUGACGCUGUCAUGAAGCAGCCUGCCGUUGUGCUGGAGGAAGUCGCUGGAAUCGCCUCCGUCGAGUGCACCGAUGCCGGUGUAUCUAUGACCUUCAGCGAUGCUGCUUCCCUCAAAGCCUCCUCUGCCGCGUGGCCCACAUCCGACUUUAUUGUUAUCACGUACUCUCCCGAUGGCGGUUGUAACACCGCCGAUGAGCGUGGUUUCUACAACGUCUCUGGCCUGACCUUCGACGACGCCUCUUUGACUGCCACUGCCGCUGGCAAGCGCUCUGCCUUUGACGAGCAAAGUGAAGACGCCGUUGUCGAAUUCGACACUACGUCGACUCCUGCCAAACGUGACCUCAAGGCAUCAGUUAGCGGCGAGAUUCAUGGAACCCUCAUCGACACAGAGAGCCUCAAGAUCGUCAUCGAUCAGGCCAAUUUCGAGAGCAACAUCCGAAUCAAGGGCGGCUUUCGUUUCAACUUCCUCAAGUUCAAGCCCAGCAAGAUGUACCUUGACGUCGACUACUCCGGUCUCGUAAACGUCAAUGUCUCUGCAGCUGUCUCUGCUUCCUACUCAUCCGACAUCUUCAACUAUCAACCCCUUUCUGCUUCUGUCUCCGCCUUUACUAUCCCCGGUAUUCUCGACGUCGGCCCCAUCGCUGAGUUCGGUCUCGGUGUCGAGUUCGCCGCGUCAGGCAACGUCGACGCUUCCCUCGGCCUCCACAGCGAGAUUCUCAACGGCCAGGUCCACCUCGACCUCCUCGACUCUGACAAGUCCUCUACCAGCGGCUGGAAGCCAGAGACCUCUGUCUCCUCCGAUGUCAGCGCCGAGGUGUCGCUGCAGCUCAAUCCCUACCUCGAUCUUAACCUUGCUCUCGGUAUCCGUGUCUUCAAGGGCGCUAUCGACCUGACCUCGGGCUUUGAAGUUAAACCCCAGAUUAUCAACGCCUUCUCUGCUGACCUUGAUUUUGCCUACACCAGCGAGUCGGGUGUCACCUUCACUAAGCCGGACACGGCUACCUGCCCCAAUGGCGCCUGGUUCGCCAGCACCUUCAAUAUGGACGUCAUUGCUUAUAUUGGAACCCUCUACAGCAACACACUGUUCAAUGUCAAUGCCCCUAUAUAUAAGUCUCAGUGUUGGACUUUCGCUGGCUGA